CCUGCCCUCAGUCCCUCUAUCCAUCCUGGAUUUUCAGUAUCUUAAAACAUAUCAGGGUCAUUUCCCUCCCGGAUUUUGCAUUGCUGUUUCCUCUGCCUGGGAUGCUCUUUCCCCCACUAUAGUUCUCAGUUUAAAUGUCAUUUACUCGGUAUCUUUGUAAUCACCCUAUCUAAAAUAGAAUUCUCAAAAUUCUUUGUUCUGGUUGGUUUCUUUUAUAGUACUCAUUACAACUUGGAAGUUUUUGUGUUUAUUUGCCCUUAGUCUGUCUCCUCCUCUGGAGGGUAGGAACCCACUCUGUCUUAUUCAUUGUUAUAGCCACAGAUGAUGAAACAUAGUAGACACUUUAAUAGAAAUCAAUAAAUAUUUGAAGAACAUGUAGAAGUACUAUGAAAUUUCUAAACAGUUGCAAUUUAAUGAAAAGCUUUACUUGCUCAUGCAGAACCCAUUACUUAUUCAUUACCUACAUCAUUCCAAAAUGACUAGAAAUAGUGUACAAAAUAUAAACAAUGCUAGCUAAAGAACUAUGUGCGUAUGUGUUGGUGGGGGUAGGAAGCCUGUAGUUAGUCUUCAAAAUAACAUUUCUAAUAUUCUCUUUCCUAGAGAUAGGCAGCAGAUUUGGCUUUGAGCUUAAUAGGCACUGCAAAAUGGUUUCCAUUAUCUCAGAGCCCACAAGAUAAAAAUCUUUUGAGCUCUUUCCACAGUCUUUCUGUGCUGCCAAAAUGGUACACAUGAAUGUCUUGGCAGAUGCUCUCAAAAGCAUUAACACUCCUGAAAGGAGAGGUAAAUGCCAGGUUCUUAUUAUGCCAUGCUCCAAAGUCAUUAACCAGUUUCUAACUGUGAUGAUGAAGCAUGGUUACAUUGGUGAAUUUGAGAUCAUUGAUAAUCACAGAGCUGGGAAAAUUGUUGUGAACCUCACAAGCAGGUUAAACAAGUGUGGAGUGAUGAGCUUCAGAUUUGAUGUACAACUCAGAGAUCUACAAAAAUGGCAGAAUAAUCUGCUCCUGUCCCACCAGUUUGCUUUCAUUGUACUGACAACCUCAGCUGGCAUCAUGGACCAUGAAGAAGCAAGACAAAAACACCCAGAAGGGAAAAUCCUGGGAUUCUUUUUCUAAGGAUGUAAUACAUACAUGCAAAUUAAAAAAAAAAAAAAAUCAUUUGAAAAGGAUGAUAUAGUUGGGCUGGAAACCUUCAAUAAUUGUUUUAUUACCUUAGAUUUCACCCUGAGAUUAUGGUCAGCAGUUGUUUAAUUAGGAAUCUUAUCCUAAGAUCAAUGAAACAAGAUACAGAAUACUUAUAAAACAAACAUGAGCACUGCUGGAAAGACUAGGAUAUGAACAGGUGGUAAUGUCUCUUUUAACACUAUAUAGAUUAGAUUUUGAGCAUU